GCGAGCGGCUGCCUCUGCCCCUCGCCGGGCUGGAGGCGGGGCUGCGCGUCCUGUACGGGUUGCGCUGUAGUAGGAGCUUCCCAGCAGCCGGUGAACCGAGCAGUCUCGAGGGAGGGGCGCGGAGGGCUGGCGCCAGAAGAAGGCGCGCUGGGGACAGCCUCGUGUCCACCGCUGCGGAAGAAAAUGGUGUUCGAGUCGCUGGUUGUGGAUGUGUUGAACCGGUUCUUGGGGGACUAUGUGGUGAACCUGGACACGUCCCAGCUCUCUCUGGGCAUCUGGGGAGGAGCUGUGGCCCUCAAGAAUCUUGAAAUUAAAGAAAAUGCCCUGAGUCAACUGGAUGUACCAUUUAAAAUUAAAGUUGGUCAUAUAGGUAAUCUUGAUCUUACAAUUCCAUGGAAACACCUUUAUACUCAACCAGUUGUAGCUGUAUUAGAAGACAUUUAUCUACUUGUAGUGCCUUCUUCUAUAAUAAAAUAUGAUCCUUUAAAAGAAGAAAAGCAACUUUUGGAAGCAAAGCAACAGGAACUAAAAAGAAUAGAAGAAGCAAAACAAAAAGUAGCUGAUCAAGAAAACCGUCUGGUGGAGAAACAGGACACUUUUACAGAAAAAUUGAUUACUCAGAUCAUAAAAAACCUUCAAGUGAAAAUUUCUAACAUCCAUAUUCGUUAUGAAGAUGAUAUCACAAAUCGAGAAAACCCACUGUCAUUUGGUAUUUCUCUUCAGAAUCUCAGCAUGCAGACAACUGAUCAAAACUGGGUUCCAUGUUUACAUGAUGAAACUGAGAAACUAUUUCGUAAGUUAAUCCGAUUGGAUAACCUUUUUGCCUAUUGGAACGUGAAGUCUCAGAUGUUUUAUUUUAAUAAUUAUGAUGACUCAUUGAACAAAUUGAAGAGUGGCAUUGUCAAUGAAAAUAUUGUUCCAGAAGGUUAUGAUUUUGUAUUUCGUCCUAUAUCUGCCAAUGCCAAACUUCAGAUGAAUCGUCGACCUGAUUUUGACUUUUCUUCCCCCAAGAUUAACCUGGAUGUUGAGUUACAUGACAUAAUAAUUGAAUUUAAUAAACCACAGUAUUUCAGUGUUAUGGAGCUUCUUGAAUCAGUUGAUAUGAUGACACAAAAUCUGCCAUAUAGGAAAUACAAGCCUGAUGCACCUGUUCACCAGCAUGCCAGAGAAUGGUGGGCUUAUGCUAUACAUGGUAUUCUUGAAGUAAAUGUUUGCCCCCACUUACGGAUGUGGUCAUGGAAGCAUAUUAAAGAACACAGAAAAAAAAUGAAGCAAUACAAAGAACUAUAUAAAAAAAAGCUAAUAAAUAAGAAGCCUUCUGAUGAACUUCUCAACUCUUUGGAGGAGUUGGAAAAAACUCUGGAUGUAUUUAAUAUAACUAUAGUGAGACAACAGGCAGAAGUUGAGGUAAAGAAAGCUGGAUACAAGAUUUACAGAGAUGGAUCAAAAGAUUCAGAGGAUAAUAAAGGAUGGUUUAGCUGGUUGUGGACUUGGUCAGAACCAGAUGCUAAAGAACAGCAGCCAGACGUGAAACCUGGAAGUCUUGAAGAAAUGUUGACACUUGAAGAAAAAACUUCACUCUAUGAAGCAAUUGGCUAUAGUGAAACAGCAGUUGAUCCAACCUUGCCAAAAACAUUUGAAGCCAUGAAGUGUUACGUUCAUUUGAAAAGUAUGUCUAUUGUUUUAAGAGAAAAACAACAAAAACCUCAGCUGUUAGAUAUUGUAGUAGAAGAAUUUAGUACUUGGAUUGUGCAAAGACCAGGAGCACAAGCAAUUAAAUUUGAAACCAAAAUUGAUUCAUUUCAUGUUACUGGCUUACCAGACAGUUCAACAAAACCCCGCCUCCUGUCUUCAUUGGAUGGUGCUACAUCACUUUUCCAAAUUACUUUUGAGACAAAUCCAUUAGAUGAAACUGUUGCUCAAAGGUGUAUCAUAGAAGCUGAACCGUUAGAAAUGAUAUAUGAUGCCAGAACAGUGAAUAGUAUAGUGGAAUUCUUCAGACCUCCAAAAGAGGUAAAUCUAGCACAGCUCACUUCAGCGACUUUAACUAAACUUGAAGAAUUUCGGGACAAGACAGCAACAGGUCUACUAUAUAUUAUUGAAACACAGAAAGUUCUUGAUCUCAAAAUUAAUUUGAAAGCUUCAUAUAUUAUCAUCCCACAAGAUGGAAUUUUUAGCCCUACAUCAAAUCUGCUUCUUUUGGAUCUUGGUCAUUUAAAGGUAACAAGUAAAAGUCGUUCGGAUUUACCAUCUAUGAAACAGGGUGUGGCCAAACUCGAGGAGAUAAUGCAAAGAGCUUAUGAUUCCUUUGAUAUUCAGCUCACAAGUAUACAGCUGCUUUAUAGCAGAGCUGGUGAUAAUUGGAAAGAAGCACGAAAACUCAAAGUAUCCAAACAGCAUAUUUUGGUACCUCUGCACUUCAACGUGGAACUCUCUAAGGCCAUGGUAUUCAUGGACAUAAGGAUGCCUAAAUUCAAGAUUUUUGGGAAGUUACCACUGAUUUCUUUACGAAUCUCAGAUAAAAAACUGCAAGGGAUUUUGGAGUUGAUUGAAAGCAUUCCAAAACCCACACCUGCAACUGAAGCACAUGCCCCUGUCAAAUCAUUUCAGAUUCAAAGAUCCUCUUCUUUGGGAGCAUCACAUGUUUCGCAGAAAAUGUUUCCUCUCUUGGAACUUCCAUGUGUUGAAGAUGAUUCAGAGGAGGAAUUUUAUGAUGCACCAUGUAGUCCGUUGGAAGAAACUUAUUCUACAACAGCUAGUGUUAAAAGUUCUCAACAAAAAAAGUCUCAAAAGCUGGAUUAUUCAAAAAAUAUUAUUCAGUAUAAAAUAAGAUUUGAAGUGCCAGAGGUAUUGAUUCAGUUUUGUCACCUUGUUGGAGAUUGUGAACUACCUGUGGUAGAAAUUGAUGUCUUAGGAUUGGGCACAGAAAUUGAGCUUAGAACAUUUGAUUUGAAAGCCACUGCCUUUUUGAAAGAAUUCUGCUUAAAAUGCCCAGAAUACUUAGAUGAAAACAAGAAGCCAGUUUAUUUGAUUACCACGCUGGAUAACACAAUGGAAGAUCUGUUAACACUGGAAUAUGUGAAGGCUGAAAAGAAUAUACCUGACUUGAAAAGUACCUAUAACAAUGUUGCACAACUGGUUAAGGUAAAUUUUUCCUCUUUGGAUAUUCAUUUGCAUACUGAAGCACUUCUGAAUACACUAAAUUAUUUUAAUACUAUCAUUACACAAUUGGAGGGAAAAUCAGCCUCAGUGUAUGUUCCAGAGACUGAAGACAAAGGAGAGGUCAUUAAAAAAAUAGCUUCAAAACGAUCCAGGAAUGAAGAAGAUACUAUUACCUUGCAGAUUUUAGCAGAAUUAUCAUGUUUGCAGAUCUUUAUUCAAGAUCAGAAACGUAACAUUUCUGAAAUUAAGAUUGAAGGUCUUGAUUCUGAGAUGAUUGUGAGGCCUUCAGUAACUGAAAUAAAUGCAAAGCUAAGGAAUAUAAUUGUUUUGGAUACUGAUGUAACUGCUGUAUACAAAAAGGCUGUUUAUAUCACUGGAAAAGAAGUUUUCAGCUUCAAAAUGAUUUCUUAUGUGGAUGCAACUGCUGGUUCUGCAUACACAGAUAUGAAUGUUGUUGACCUUCAGGUUAAUUUAACUGUUGGUUGCAUUGAAGUAGUUUUUGUCACAAAAUUUCUAUAUUCUAUCUUGGCUUUUAUAGAUAAUUUUCAAGCAGUUAAACAAGCCUUGGCUGAGGCAACUGUUCAGGCAGCAGGAAUGGCUGCCACUGGUGUAAAAGAACUGGCACAAAGGAGUUCCAGAUUGGCAUUAGAUGUUAACAUCAAAGCCCCAGUUGUGGUCAUCCCACAGUCUCCAGUUUCUGAAAAUGUUUUCGUUGCUGAUUUUGGAUUAAUUACAAUGACCAAUACAUUCCAUAUGAUAAGAGAGAGCCAGAGCAACCCUCCACCUAUUAUUGAUUUGAUAACGAUAAAGCUGAGUGAAAUGCGACUAUACAGGACUCAAUUUAUUAAUGAUGCCUACCAGAAAGUACUGGAUCUAUUACUGCCAUUAAAUCUUGAGGUGAUUGUUGAGCGAAAUUUAUCCUGGGAGUGGUACCAGGAAGUUCCUUGUUUUAAUGUAAAUGCUCAGCUAAAGCCCAUGGAGUUUAUUCUUAGUCAAGAGGAUAUAACAACUCUUUUUAAAACAUUAUAUGGUAACAUAUGGUAUGAAGAAGGUGGUAGUGCCUCACCAGCAGGAACAAAAGAUCAGAGUAGUGUUACUAGUGGAGUUACUAAUGCUUCACAUCAUUCUGGAGGAACAACUAUAGUGACAGCUGCUGUGGUUGAAGUACAUUCACAUGACUCUCAAGUUAAGACAACACUAAAUAUGAGUUUCAAAACUGAUUAUCUCACCAUGAUACUGUAUAGUCCAAGUCUGGAACAGACUUCGUUUACAGAUGUUCGUGAUCCUUCUUUGAAACUUGCUGAAUUUAAGUUGGAGAAUAUAAUAAGUACUUUAAAAAUGUAUACAGAUGAUUCAACAUUUUCUGCCUUCUCAUUAAAAAACUGUAUCUUAGAUGAUAAAAGGCCUCAUGUCAAGAAGGCAACUCCUAGAAUGAUAGGACUGACAGUUGGAUUUGACAAAAAGGACAUGAUGGAUGUAAAGUAUAGGAAAGUCAGAGAUGGUUGGGUGGCUGACUUAGUCCUUCAAGAAAUAUAUAUUUGUGCAAGUGUGGAAUUUCUGCUGACAGUUGCAAAUGUCUUUCUUGAGGCCUAUACCAGAGGCUCUGCUGUAGAAACCAGUGUUCAAGCAUGGACUGCUAAGGAAGAAGUACCUAUACAGGAACAACAGAAGUGGGAAGUUAAUAUUAUUAUUAAAAAUCCUGAAAUUGUGUUUGUGGCUGAUAUGACAAAAAAUGAUGCUCCUGCCUUAGUCAUUACAACACAAUGUGAAGUUUGUUGGAAAGGUGACUUUGAAAACAGUACAAUGACUGCUGCUAUUAAAGAUCUCCAAAUGAGAGCAUGCCCAUUUCUUCCAGCCAAGAGAAAAGACAAAAUCACUACUGUUUUGCAGCCCUGUGACUUGUUCUAUCAAGCUAUGCAGAUAGGUACAGAUCCACAAGUGAUUGAUAUAUCAGUAAAAUCUUUGACAUUAAAGGUUUCACCAGUUAUCAUAAAUACUGUGAUUACCAUAACUUCAGCACUUUAUACAAAUAAGGAAACCACCACAGAAGAAACUGCUUCUUCUACAGCACAUUUAUGGGAGAAGAAGGAUACAAAGAAUUUAAAAAUGUGGUUUCUUGAAGAACCAAAUGAAGUUGAAAACAUAGCUCCCACAACUGAAUUGGUACCCAAAGGAGAGAAAAUCAAAAUGAACAUUGAUUCUGUUUUUAUAGUUCUUGAGGCUGGAAUUGGUCAUAGAACAGUGCCUAUGCUUUUGGCAAAAUCACGUUUCUCAGGGGAAGGCAAAAAUUGGAGUUCCCUCAUAAAUCUUCACUGUCAACUUGAGCUAGAAGUGCAUUAUUAUAAUGAAAUGUUUGGUGUAUGGGAGCCUUUGCUUGAACCCUUAGAAAUUGAUCAGACUGAGGAUUUUAGACCAUGGAAUCUUGGAAUCAAGAUGAAAAAGAAAGCCAAAAAGGCCAUUGUUGAUUCAGAUAUUGAAGAAGAAAAUUACAAAGUGCCAGAAUACAAAACUGUUAUCAGUUUCUAUUCAAAAGACCAACUAAACAUUACAUUAUCCAAAUGUGGUCUUGUAAUGUUAAAUAAUUUAGCCAAGGCAUUUACAGAAGCUGCCACUGGAUCUUCAGCUGCCUUCAUAAGGGAUCUAGCACCAUUUAUGAUUUUAAAUUCUCUUGGACUUACUAUCUCUGUUUCACCAAGUGAUUCUUUUAGUGUACUCAACGUUCCAAUUGCAAAAUCAUAUGUAUUGAAAAAUGAGGAGAGUCUAAAUAUGGAUUAUGUUGGAACUAAAGACAAUGAUCAUUUCAAUGCAAUGACCAGCCUAAGCAGCAAACUUUUCUUCAUUCUUCUUACACCUGCUAACCACUCUACUGCUGAUAAAAUUCCUUUAACAAAAGUGGGACGACGACUGUACACUGUAAGACACAGAGAGUCUGGAGUUGAAAGAUCUAUUGUUUGUCAAAUUGAUACAGUAGAAGGAAGUAAGAAGAUAACAGUUCGCUCCCCAGUGCAGAUUAGAAAUCAUUUUUCAAUUCCACUUUCUGUUUAUGAAGGGGAUACUUUAUUGGGAACAGCUUCGCCUGGAAAUGAAUUUAACGUACCACUAGCAUCUUACCGAUCACUCCUUUCUCUGAAGCCAGAAGAUGAGGACUAUCAAAUGUGUGAAGGAAUUGACUUUGAAGAAAUUAUAAAAAAUGACGGCACUUUUAUAAAGAAGAAAUGUAGACCUAUAAAGCCGUCCAAGAAACCCUUUAUCAUUAAUGUUGUCCCAGAAAAAGAUAAUUUGACAUCUCUGUCAGUAUAUUCAGAAGAUGGUUGGGACUUACCAUACAUAAUGCAUUUGUGGCCACCUAUCCUACUCCGAAAUCUUCUUCCUUACAAAAUCGCUUAUUAUAUAGAGGGGAUUGAACAUAGAGUUUUUACUCUAAAUGAAGGACAUUCAGCCCAGAUUUAUACUGUGCAAUUGGAAAAAGCCAAGCUACAUUUAAAAUUACUUGACUAUCUUAAUCAUGAUUGGAAAAGUGAAUUUCACCUAAAACCUAAUCAACAAGAUAUUAGUUUCAUCAAUUUUACCUGUGUUACAGAAAUAGAAAAGAUUGAUUUAGAUAUUGCUAUCCAUAUGACUUAUAAUCCUGGCCAAACAGUUAUGGCAUUUCAUAGCCCUUAUUGGAUGGUCAAUAAAACUGGUCGAAUGUUACAGUAUAAAGCAGAUGGAAUUCAUCGAAAGCAUCCACCUGAUUAUAAAAAGCCAGUUCUGUUUUCUUUUCAGCCAAAGCACUUUUUUAAUAACAAUAAGGUUCAACUUAUGGUAACUGACAGUGAAUUGUCAGAUGAAUUUUCAAUUGAUACUGUUGGUAGUCAUGGAGCUGUUAAAUGUAAAGGCCUGAAAAUGGAAUAUCAAGUUGGUGUCACUAUAGACCUCAGCAGUUUUAACAUUACCAGAAUUGUAACGUUUACCCCUUUUUAUAUGAUUGAAAACAAAAGCAAGUAUCAUAUAUCAGUGGCUGAAGAGAAGAAUGAUAAAUGGCUCUCUCUUGAUUUGGAGCAGUGUAUCCCCUUUUGGCCUGAGGAUGCUUCAAAUAAACUUCUUAUUCAAGUUGAAGGAAAUAAAGGGCCUCCCAAAAAGAUACAUUUUAAUAAGCAAGAAAAUUGUAUAUUAUUGCGUCUGGAUGAUGAGCUUGGAGGUAUUAUAGCAGAAGUUAACUUGGCUGAGCAUUCUACAGUUAUUACAUUUUCAGAUUAUCAUGAUGGAGCAGCUACGUUCCUGUUAAUAAAUCACACCAAGAAUGACAUUGUUCAAUACAAGCAAAGUAGAUACUGUCUUCCUGCUAAGGAUAUGAUGAAGGCUAUAAAUUCGGGAAACAAGGUUAUUUAUUUAGUUUCAUUCUUUGAAGGCUUACAACGCAUUAUUUUAUUCACUGAAGAUCCAAAGGUAUUUAAAGUGACAUAUGAAAGUGAAAAAGCAGAGUUAGCAGAGCAAGAAAUUGUGUUGGCAUUACAAGAUGUUGGAAUUUCUCUCGUCAAUAAUUACACAAAGCAAGAAGUAGCCUAUAUUGGCAUUACAAGUUCUGAUGUGGUUUGGGAGACAAAGCCCAAGAAGAAGGCAAGAUGGAAGCCAAUGAGUAUAAAGCAAACUGAGAAGUUAGAGAAAGAAUUUAAGGAAUAUACUGAAUCUUCACCUUCAGAAGAUAAGGUUAUUGAGUUGGACACUAACAUUCCGGUUCGCUUCACACCUAGUGGUAGUAAUAUGAAAAUUCUGCAACCACAUGAAAUAGCUAUACGAAGAAAUUAUCUUCCAGCAUUAAAAGUGGAAUAUAACACAUCUGCACAUCAAUCAUUAUUUAGAAUUCAAAUUUACAGAAUACAGAUCCAAAACCAGAUACAUGGUGCUGUAUUUCCAUUUGUGUUUUAUCCUAUUAAACCUCCCAAGUCGGUCACCAUGGAUUCAGCACCAAAGCCCUUUACAGAUGUCAGUAUUGUCAUGAGAUCUGCAGGGCAUUCCCAGAUAUCACGUAUUAAGUACUUCAAAGUGUUGAUACAAGAAAUGGAUCUCAGAUUAGAUCUUGGGUUUAUCUACGCUUUAGCAGAACUUACGACAGAAGCUGAAGUAACUGAGAAAACGGAGGUUGAACUUUUUCAUAAAGAUAUAGAAGCUUUCCAAGAAGAAUAUAAAACAGUUUCAUUAGUAGAUUCAUCACAAGUCAGUCUCUAUGAAUACUUUCACAUAUCUCCUCUCAAGUUGCAUUUAAGUGUUUCACUGAGUUCGGGUAAAGAAGAAGCUAAAGAUUCAGAACAACAUGGAGGACUGAUUGCAAUUCGUUCUUUAAAUCUUUUGCUGAAGAGUAUUGGUGCCACGCUUACAGAUGUACAAGAUGUAGUUUUUAAGCUUGCAUUUUUUGAACUCAACUAUCAGUUUCAUACAACAUCCGAACUACAGUCUGAAGUAAUAAGACACUAUUCAAAACAGGCCAUUAAGCAGAUGUAUGUACUCAUUCUUGGACUUGACGUUUUGGGAAAUCCCUUUGGCUUGAUUAGAGAAUUUUCUGAAGGUGUAGAAGCAUUUUUUUAUGAACCUUACCAGGGAGCCAUCCAGGGCCCUGAAGAGUUUGUGGAGGGAAUGGCACUAGGACUGAAAGCGUUAGUUGGUGGAGCUGUUGGUGGAUUAGCUGGUGCUGCCUCCAAAAUCACCAGUGCUAUGGCUAAAGGGGUAGCAGCUAUGACUAUGGAUGAAGACUACCAACAGAAGAGAAGAGAAGCCAUGAAUAAGCAACCAGCUGGUCUUAGAGAAGGCAUCACCCGUGGAGGAAAAGGCUUAGUUUCUGGUUUUGUAAGUGGCAUAACAGGAAUUGUUACAAAACCAAUCAAAGGAGCUCAAAAAGAAGGGGCAGCUGGUUUCUUUAAAGGUGUUGGGAAAGGUUUAGUUGGAGCAGUGGCGAGGCCAACUGGAGGCAUCAUAGACAUGGCUAGCAGCACAUUUCAGGGAAUAAAAAGGGCUACUGAGACUUCAGAUGAAGUGGAAAGUCUGCGACCCCCUCGGUUCUUUAAUGAAGAUGGAGUUAUCAGACCUUAUAGGUUGAGGGAUGGUACUGGAAAUCAAAUGUUACAGGUCAUGGAAAAUGGAAGAUUUGCAAAAUACAAAUAUUUUACCCAUGUCAUGAUCAAUAAAACAGAUAUGUUAAUGAUAACCAAAAGUGGUGUAUUGUUUGUAACAAAGGGAACGUUUGGACAGCUUACAUGUGAGUGGCAGUACAGUUUUGAUGAGUUUACCAAAGAGCCAUUCAUUGUUCAUGGGAGAAGAUUGCGCAUUGAAGCAAAGGAACGGGUGAAGUCUGUAUUCCAUGCCAAAGAGUUUGGAAAAAUAAUUAACUUCAAGACCCCAGAGGAUGCUAGGUGGAUCCUCACAAAGCUAGAAGAAGCAAGAGAACCUUCCCCAAGCCUCUGAUGGAGAACACUGCUUGAAGACACACAGUAAUAAAUCAUUACAGUUUCCACCUUGUAACUUCCAAAACUACUUUGGGAAAUAUAGUACAGAAGUAAUUUCAAGUACAUUAAAAAAAUAAAUAUAUAUAUAUAUAUAUAUA